GCGAUGGGCACGAGAGCGAGUCGCCUCCAGGAAGACCCGGUGGUGCCGUCCACUCUCGGGAAGGAUGGCACUGCCAAGCGGGAUUCGUACCGGCGGCCCCGUUGCGCCAGGCCCACAAGCCUCAUGGUGGACUUCUCUGGCAGUUUCGAGGACACCGAAGUGAACCGGAGCCGUUCGGAGGAGGGCAGCGACUCUGACCUCGGACAGCAUGGCGCGAGCGCCGACGGAAGCCCGGCCGACCACCACGGGAUCCCGGCUAGCAUGAGCCAAGCGUCCCCGGCGGACGACAACCACAGCGAGGGCAAGGCGGAGGAGGACGGCAGCACAAGCCCGGAGGCUCCAGCCAACGCCGAACACCAACCCGCGGAGGAAACAGGCCGCACGCCCCACCGCACUUUUUCCGAGCGGCUGCCCGGAAAUCGACACAACGGGGGCCGUAGCGUCGGCGCCAGGUCGGCCCGGGUUAGGGGCACUCACCAGCGGCCGGUGUCUGAGGCUUGGAUCGGCCUUUACCGCGUUAACAACCGCCAUGGCAACAUCCGCUGUCCUUUUUGCUCCAAACUGUUCCCGGGGGGUCGCAUCGAAGAUCACCUGUUGAGCUGCCUCACCUCUCCGCCGCUUCCCUACAACACGGAUUUGCUGAGCAAAGACAGCGGCGAGUGCUCCAUCUGUCUGGAGGAUCUGGUACAGGGCGAGACCAUUGCCAGGCUGGCGUGCCUCUGCGUCUACCACAAGAGCUGCAUCGACGCGUGGGCCAAGGUGAAGCCCUGCUGCCCCGAGCACCCCUCGGACUGACUCCCAGGUCACAUGACUCCCCCCCCCCCCCCGCGACGACUCAGGAGACCACAUGCCACCACUUUCUCCUUCUGAAGAUUGAAAUCCAUAAAGAAGCUCCCGGCAGCGUGGACCUCCUCGUAUUGGUCCAGACCAUUUCACCACAAACUGUCAACUUCCAAACCAACCGAAAAGGACGGCGAUGGCUGCUUUUGGUUUUAACCCCUCGCAGGUUGGUUGUCUUGACGAUGUAACACCCCACUCCCGCCCCGUCCUCCUCUUCCCCCAACUUGAGGAGGCGGGACGUUUGCCUCCCAUGUAGCCGGCAGGCAGCAGGGCGGGUGUCGUUGUCACCGGGUGUUUAGCAUUUUUAAGAGGGACGAGGUGGUUAAUGUGCCGUUCUGUGCUGGUGUUUGGACCCAUUUGAGCACUUUUACAAUUUUUUUUUUCUUUCUCCCCCCCGCCCCUUUCCUGAUUCAGUUGCUAUGGCGCGCAGAGGAUGCGGAGUUAGUGUUUGUUGUGAAUUACCCACAAUUCUUUGUUUUUUUUCCCAUCAUGUUACAUGUGGCAACGGUACUGCUUUUUGAGCCCCAUCAUCAUCAUCAUCCCUCCCCCGGCUCCCCCCCACUUCUCCGAAGUCUCCUUUUUUUUCCCCGCCAUUUCCGCCUUAAAGGGACAGCGCUACCUUUUUGUAAUGGUAUUUUAAAAUAUAUCAUAACGAAAGUGAUUAUAGCUCAACAUAUGGCCUCCAUUUCGAGCCUGUGUGCGCGCGCUGCCUUUGCUUGGUCAGUGUUUGUUUUUUUGUUUGUUUUUUUUGAGCUGUCAGAAAUCAAAUAAGUGAUGGAAGCCCCGGGCCCCCCUUUGCAAUCGUCCCCAUUUAGUUUGGAACACCGUUGGAACAUUUAUCCUAUACUGUUGAUAUCCAGCUCAAGUCCCCAAACUAGUAGGCUCUGUUUUUCCCACUAAUAGUGCCACUUUUGGCUUACUAGUUCACAGUCCAAAUAAAUGCUGAAACGUUUUGCCAUCGAGCCGUUUGCGCAUUUAUUCCAUAUGCAGAUGUCCAUGUACUAGUAUGCUCUUUGUCCACACUAGUAAGACACUUCAGCACAUUAGUACAAUGACUAGAGUACACUAGUAGAAUGCGUUUAAUACAAGUUACAUUUCCCUCCACUACUUUUGCAACUUUACAAGUACACAACAGGAUUAAAUAUUCAUAAUUGCCCUAAUGUUUUUUUUCUUAAAGUUGUACUAGUGUACUAUAUGAUUUACCAGCGAGGUCAAAGAACAUACUAGUACACGGAUAUGGAAUAAAUGGCCAAGCGGCUUUCCAUUUUCUGGUCUUUGCUGAGGUGCUACGACUCGUCCUGCCACUAGGGGGCAGGCCUGUGCAUGUUAAAAAAAAAAACAAAACAAAAGAAUGCCAAAUUGUGCGUGUGUCGAAGCUCAUUUGAUGUAAAACUUGUUGUGGUGAUAAUUUAUGAUGUGUACUCUUGAGGUGUGUGCGUGUGUGUUUUCAAUAAAGUGGGGGGGGAGGGGCGCAAAUCUCGCCAGCCCUCAUGUAAUUCCCUCUCCAGCUGCGUCGUGCAAUACCUCAAAUUUUUACCAAUGCUAACUAGAAAAGCUCGCUCUGUGUGCGUGUGUGCGUGUGUGU